AUGGGGCCUGAGGAGGACCCGUACCAUGAGACCAUUCCCGAGGAAGAGUUGCACUUUUACCAGCGUAAAGGCGCUAGGAGAAAGCGGAAACUUCCUGACUUUAUUCCUAAGCAUGACUUAAAGGUACUCAAUUCGGUGAAACGUAAGGCGUACCGUUUGGACUUGCAGCUCAGCCUCUGUGGGAUUCGUAUUGGCUGGGCAGGCCUCAUUGGUCUUAUUCCAGGAAUUGGCGAUGUGAUAGCGUUGUAUUUCGCCUUACGAGUACUCAGAAAGGCCCAGCAGAUCGAAGGAGGCUUGCCACCAUGGUUACACCUGAAAAUGAUGGCCAACAUAGCGUUUGACUUUGGCAUUGGUCUUAUACCCGUGGUGGGUGACUUUAUCAACAUCUUGUACAAGUGUAACCUGAGAAACUUUGUUUUGUUGGAGAAACAUCUCGUGGAGAAGUACAGCAAGGAGCGACCGGUGGACCCGUCCAAGGCCCAGCCUCCUCCGCCUCCGCCUCGACAGUUGGAAGAAGUCUAG